AUGGAUUCCCAGGUGCUGGUCGAACUCUUCAACAUGAUUGUGCCAUGCAGCAACCCAGUCACAGAGCCAAUUGUCUCCAGAGUGCAUGGUGCCCUGGCGACCUUGUACGGGGACGUCUUUGACUACAAGGGGAAACAUUUGGCCUCGCACGAUUGGAGACCAAGGGAGUUCAAUAGAGCCGAUGAUGCGUUGCGCAGCGCUGCCAUCAGAGCUAGGACAAACAUACAUUUCGAUUGGGGCCCGGAUCUUUCCACGGACCUGCUCGGGAUCCCAGCCGCGCAGAUCUACUCAGAUGGUGGGCUGCAAGGAGAUAGUGGCACUGCGGCCUGGGUCGCUUUCGCUGUCCAUCCACGCGGAAGAGUGCCCCCAGAAUCUUAG